AUGCGUCUUCACAAUUUAAUCGGCUACCUCGUAGCCUUUUGGGGGGCCGAGAAUGCCCGAGCAGAGAUCCAGGCCCUGCCAAUUCCCACAAGCUGCAGCGGCGUCUCGGCCAUGAGGUUCUCCUACAGUACGGCGUCAGGAUGGUCUGCCGUAAAGAUUGCCGGGGGCUUGAAACAAGUCCGAACUGUGGUUUGGGACCCCUUGGGGAACAUGCUGGUAGCAGAAGCAACAAAGGGCAUCUCGGUACACACCUUCGGGGACAACGGGUGCAUCAACAGCAGCAGCACGCUGAUCUCACUGAACUCACUCAACCACGGCCUAGCGUUGACACCGGAUGGGAAGACUCUGUACGCCAGCGGUGAGAGAACGGCGUACUCUUGGGCUUAUGACCCUGCUACAAGGAAGGUCAGCGGCCAGAAGACGGUGGUCUCGGGGAUGGACUCUGGUGUUCACUCGACGAGGAACCUGCUCGUUGUUCCUUCUAAGCCGAACAUGGUUCUCUUGCAAGUCGGAAGUAAUUCGAAUCUCGAUGCUGCUGCAGCAAACAAGGCGACCGGUCGAGCCAUCAUUAAGAUCUUUGACAUGAGCAAGGCCCCUGCCAGCGGAUACAAUUACAAGACCGAUGGAGAAGUUUUUGGGUACGGACUACGAAACGAGAUUGGUUUCACAGCUGAUCCUAAUGGCGUGGUUUGGGGCGUGGAGAACAGCGGUGAUGACUUCACUCGCACGGUGAACGGGGCUAGAACCGAUAUACAUAAGGACAACCCGGCUGAAAAGCUCAACAACCUUGGCGACCCUCUCACCGUUCGUGACAAAUGGUACGGCUACCCGACGUGCUUUACUGUGUGGGAUCCCAGUUCUUUCAAAGACAAUACUGCCUUGAAAGUCGGUUCGCAUUUUGUCCUCGCGCCAAACAGCACAUUCAACGAUGCGAGCUGCAACACUCAAGCAGUGGCGCCACGACUAAGCUUCCAAGCCCACAGCGCCCCUAUCUGGAACGCAUUCGACGCCGACGCCACUAACAUGUACGUUACAUUCCAUGGGUCCUGGGACCGCCAACCACCAACCGGGUUCAAGGUUGUCCAGAUCCCGUUCACAAAGCUUGCCAACGGCCAGUAUGAUCCUGUUGCAGCAGCGGAUAGCAAGACUGGGUAUACGGAUAUCUUCUGGGCCAAGAGUCCGGAGAGCUGCACUGCCAAUGGGCUCACUCAGAGCAGUUGCUUCAGACUUACAGCCGCGGCUUGGGACCCUGCCGGCAGAGGGCUGGUCGUCGGCAGUGAUAACAGUGCAGAAGGAGAACUUUAUCUUCUGUCCAAGAAGUGA